AUGGUCUCUCCAUUUUUAGUAGAAAAGGCUAUCUCUGAAUCUCUAGGGGAAGUUCCCUCAGUACGGAAACUUCGUUCUGGUGACUUGCUUGUUCAGGUCAAUACACGAAAGCAAGCCCAGACUAUAUUGAAAUUAAAUAAUCUUGGUUCUAUUCCCGUUACCGUCAGUGCACAUAAUACACUCAACUUUUCCAGGGGAGUUAUUUCGUGUGGUGAAUUGUUUCACACACCAAUUGAGGAAAUUACACAAAAGCUUAGAAGUCAAGGAGUAACUAAUGUCCGACGUAUUACUAUACGAAAAGAUGGACAACUUCUUGACACUAAACAUUUAGUGCUCACAUUUCAUACUACCAGAAUACCAGAUUCUAUAAAAGCGGGUUACAUGAAAUUGGCCGUCCGGCAUUAUAUUCCGAAUCCCUUACGGUGUUUUAAAUGCCAACGAUUCGGUCAUUCGAAAGCUUCCUGCCGCGGGACACUUACUUGUGCCCGUUGUGCGGAAGCUGGCCAUGAUAGUUAUGCUUGUACUGCGGUUGAAAAGUGCAAAAAUUGCAAAGGUUCUCAUGCUUCCUUUUCUCGUACAUGCCCCACUUGGAAAUUUGAAAAGGAAGUCAUUUCAGAAAAAGUUAUGAAACAAAUAACGUACGCAGAGGCAAAGCGAAAUGUCAAAGCCCGUUUACCGGCACCUGAAAUAAGUUAUGCAAGCGCGGUGCAAAAAACGGUUCAAACAAAAAGCACUCACAUGGACCCUGUGGUCUUGCCUUCUGUUUCCGUCGUAUUCCAAGCAUCAUAUAUACCUUCUGAAACUUGUCCUAAAUCUGCCGAAGCCUUUAUAAAUUUGCCUUUAAAUAAUACUGCUAAAAAACCAUGUUUAUCUAAAUCUGGAGUUCCAGAUUGUACUGCUGAUACACCAGACUUCUCUAAUUUUAAGACUGUUCAAAAUAGGAAAAAACUGAAAAAAGAUUCUAACAUUAAUAGGAAUUAUUUGUCCAAAAGUGUGGGGAAAACCUUGAAAUCUUAUAAAACUGUACAUAGUGCAGCAGCAUCCAAAGUAAAUUCAGAUAAUAAUCACAGUUCUAAGUUUUGGAAAACUUCACCCAAACAGGUUUCAAACACCAUUUCAAAAGAUGUCAACCCUUCCUCUAAUUCUCCAAAAAAUAAAGUCAUUGUUACUGAUGAAGAUACCUCUCAUGUUCAUAACUAUCCUGCAUCUAAGAAAGCGGAAGUUUUAGCAACGGAUGAAGAAAUGAGUACUUCGAGUGCUCCGGAAGAAAUUCUGGAAUACAACAUUAGUGAGGAGCUAGAGGAGACAUCUUCAGAUGUUAGUACACCCUCUCCCCCUCCUCCUAAAGCAACAAAACAAAAGCUUAAAUAUAUUAUUCCAACGAAGUACAAAAAUGUAUAA